CGAUGGUGUCUAGGGCUCCUGCUCGGUCGACGCGUGUCUUAAACCGCCCGCACUCCUUACUCACAAGAUCCGGCAAAGAUCACCUCUGCCAUUCUUCUUGACCUUUGAUCUUAUCGAAUUGAGAAGACCACCAUGGCGAGCCACACUUCGCUCGACCGUACUCGAGUCUCCACGAACUCAUCAUCAGAUCAAGUGGUUACAAUGGCUGCCACUGACCCUGAGAAGCACGGUCUUCCUGCUGCGAAUGACAAGGAGGCUCAGAGGAAGGUUGACGAAGAGGUUAAGGACGGAGCGACUGGAGUCAACAAGGUCGAAGCUGCAGCUUUUGUGUGGAGCAGAAAGACACUGCUGGUAAUUUACGCCUGGAUAUGGGUGUGCUUUUUCAUGCUUGCUUUCCACUCUUCGAUCGGACUCAACGUACUCGUCUAUGCAUAUGCCAACUUCAACACUGCUCCAGAGAUUUCGACCGCAGCCAUCCUAGCUACGGUGGUAGGGGGUGUGAUGAAACUUCCUGUUGCCAAAAUCCUGAAUGUCUGGGGGCGUGCUGAGGCUUUGCUCAUCUUCACUGGGUUGUUCCUAGUGGGUAUCAUUGUCCUGGCAUCCUGCACUGGACCGAGUGGCUUUGCGGCCGGCUAUGUCCUGUAUUGGGUCAGUUAUAAUGCACUUUAUCUGAUCCUCGAUGUGUUCAUGGCGGACACGUCCGGCCUUCGCAAUCGUGCCUUUGCGUUCGGAUUCUCAAACACACCCUUUAUCUGCACUGCGUUCACGGGCCCGUUGGCUGCUCAGUCCUUCUUAGCCAUGACGACAUGGCGCUGGGCAUAUGGUGCAUUUGCGAUUAUCUUCCCCUGCGUGUUCGUGCCCCUCGCUGUUGUUUUCAAACUCCAUGAGCGGAAGGCAAAGAAAUUGGGCAUCUAUGCUCCCAGACGGAGCGACCGUACCUGGAUCCAAUCCGUCAUCCAUUAUGUGCAUGAGUUCGAUGUUGUUGGCGCCCUUAUCCUAAUGGCGGCAUUCAUCCUUCUCCUCCUCCCCUUCAGCCUGACAGUCUACGGACGAGCCCAAUACAAAUCCGCUACAUUCAUUGCAAUGCUCGUGAUAGGCUUCUGUCUCUUGUUUGUCUUCGUCGCCUGGGAAAGAUACUUCGCCCGCAAGCAGUUCAUCCGAUACGACCUACUCAGGCAGCCGACCGUCUUCGGAGCCUGCAUCCUUUCAGCCCUUCUGAAUCUCGGCUACGCCGCAUGGGACCUGUACUUCCUCAACUUCGUGAUGGUAGUGCACAACCUGAGCGUCUCGGAGGGGGGAUACAUGAACCAGAUCUACAACAUCGGCUCGUGCUUCUGGGCGCCGCUGUUCGGACUCUACAUCCGACAGACGAAGCAUUUCAAGAACGCCUGCCUCUACUUCGGGCUCCCUCUGAUGCUCCUCGGCUCAGGGCUGAUGAUCCACUUCCGCGGCGAACACCACAACAUAGGGUACGUGGCGAUGUGCCAGAUCUUCAUCGCGAUUGCCGGUGGCACGCUCGUAAUCGGUCAGGAUAUGGCUGUCAUGGCCGUCGCUGACCAUGACGGUGUCCCCAUGAUGUUAUCCAUCCUAGGGCUCUUUGCGAGUCUCGGCGGUGCCGGUGGCAAUGCCGUCGGGUCGGCGGUUUAUACCAACGUCUUUCCGCAUAAGCUGCGCCAGGGCCUUCCGGCUGGCGCGGCUCGGGACAGCUGGAUGGAUAUUUAUCUCGGGGGUUAUCUUGCUCAGAUGGAGUAUCCGAUGGGGUCGGAGAUUCGUACUGCCAUUAACAGUGCCUGGGGCGACAGUCAGAAAUAUAGCUGCAUUGCCACUACGGCUGUCAUUGCGCUGGGAUUUCCCUGCAUUCUUCUCUGGAAGAAUGUGAGCGUGGAUCAGAAGCAGAACAAGGGCGUUAUGCUUUAGGUGAAGUUCAGGUGUUGUGCUAAACCGGGGAAGGGAAGAAGUGUAGCAUAGGUGCUAUCUUGGUAAAUGUGGUUUACCCUCUGGUUAUAAUAAUUAGGAUUUCAAACAGGUUUCGUGGUACAGUGGGGUUUGAUAUCUUGUGCUUCUGGAACAAUUCUAUUUUAAUAAUCUCUCUCAGCUCUAACCAGCACAACGAUAAUGCUAG